CUCGGCGCUGCCAGCCGGACCGGGAAGUUGCUGGUUAUCCGGCCAGCCCGGUUCGGUCGCGACCGGGGGUGGCUUUCAUGGCCCGCGGCGAACGCGGGGCCGGAGACGGCGUGGGCGAGUCCCCGCGCGCCCCCUCCCGCAGGGAUCCUCGGCUCCCGCUUCAGUCCGCUCGCCCGCCUUUCCGAUGCUCGCUGCGCCCUUCGCCGCCGCCGCCCUCUCGCCGCCGCUUGCCCCUUGGAGCCGCCGCUUAAGUCGGGGAGGAGAGAAUGACCGAGGUGCUGUGGCCGGCGGUCCCCAACGGGACGGACGCUGCCUUCUUGGCCGGCCCGGGCUCGCCCUGGGGGAACAGCACAGUCGCCUCUACCGCCGCCGUCGCCGCCGGCCCGUACAAAUGCGCACUGACCAAGACAGGCUUCCAGUUCUACUACCUGCCGACUGUCUACAUCUUGGUGUUCAUUAUCGGCUUCCUGGGCAACAGCGUGGCCAUCUGGAUGUUCGUCUUCCACAUGAAGCCGUGGAGCGGAAUCUCCGUGUACAUGUUCAACUUGGCCCUGGCCGACUUCUUGUACGUGCUGACCCUGCCAGCGCUCAUCUUCUACUACUUCAAUAAGACAGACUGGAUUUUCGGGGAUGCCAUGUGCAAGCUGCAGAGGUUCAUCUUCCACGUGAACCUGUAUGGCAGCAUCUUGUUUCUAACCUGCAUCAGCGCGCACCGGUACAGCGGGGUGGUGUACCCGCUCAAGUCCCUGGGCCGGCUCAAGAAGAAGAACGCGGUCUACAUCAGCGUGCUGGUGUGGCUUAUCGUGGUGGUGGUGAUCUCCCCCAUCCUCUUCUACUCGGGCACCGGGAUCCGGAAAAACAAAACCAUCACCUGCUAUGACACCACCUCAGAUGAGUACCUACGAAGUUAUUUCAUCUACAGCAUGUGCACGACCGUGGCCAUGUUCUGUGUCCCCUUGGUGCUGAUUUUGGGCUGUUACGGAUUAAUUGUGAGAGCUUUGAUUUACAAAGACCUGGACAACUCGCCUCUGAGAAGGAAAUCCAUUUACCUGGUGAUUAUUGUACUGACUGUUUUUGCUGUGUCUUACAUCCCUUUCCACGUGAUGAAAACAAUGAAUUUGAGGGCCCGGCUGGAUUUUCAGGCCCCAGGAAUGUGUGCUUUCAAUGACAGGGUUUAUGCCACUUAUCAGGUGACAAGAGGUCUAGCAAGUCUCAACAGCUGUGUGGACCCCAUUCUCUAUUUCUUGGCAGGAGAUACUUUCAGAAGGAGACUCUCCCGAGCCACCAGGAAAGCUUCCAGAAGAAGUGAGGCAAAUUUGCAAUCUAAGAGUGAAGACAUGACCCUCAAUAUUUUAUCCGAGUUCAAGCAGAAUGGAGAUACAAGCUUGUGAAGAGGCCAGAAUCCCCAAACACCCACUUUUGUAACAUGGUCUGAGGAUGCCAGCCUGGUUUACAGUAUGUGUUAAGUACAUUGUUUCAGCUUCCAGAGAACCUUCUUUUGGAGUUUGGAUCCAAUGUGGAGGUGGGCAGUGACUAGAAAUGCCCUUUUACUUCUUGGUGUGCUUUUUCCAGAGUGUUUCUUCUUUAGCUUCAUAUAUCACAUAGUGGACAAUGAUGACAUGCAGAUGCAUGCCAAACAGUUACAAGAACGACCAACUCCUUCUAGGCACAAAUAGGUCUCUGGGAUGAGUCUGCUAAUGGUGAAAACAUACAGAGGGUCAAGAUGAUCUAUUGGCUGAAAAUAUGAUUCAUGACAUAGGAUGUAAGUAGGUAUUUUAAUAAUAAACGUAGAAAUCUACUGGCAUGUUGAUAAAAGAAGAACUAAAGUUAUAGAACCUAUCAGUUAACUAAAUUACACACUACAAAACUGUUUGACUGCUGAGAUCAAGGUAUUUUAUGGCUCAUCCGCUGGCAUCUUUGACUCUUUGCACAUCAGUGUGUGUUUGCAUGGACACAAUAAAAAGACAAACCAAGAAGAGAUACAUCAUGAGAGUGGGAUUUGGAGUUAAAACCGUAACACUGUCACUCGGCCAGCUGUGGAACUCUUGACCCUAUCAAGACCACUCUCUGUAAGUUAAAAGGGUUGGAUGACAUCCAGCUGUUGAAGCCUUAGGGAAUGUGGUGAAGCAUUAAAACUACAGGCAGCCAGAGGUGCAUGAAAUCUGCUAUUGUAUUUUCCAGGGUUCUUCAGUUCCAGUCUUUGGCUGAAAAUUCGUACAAAGUUCACCAACUGUGAUAUGGCUAUGAAAUGUAAGUUUUCUCAGUCUCCUUGGGGCAGUGCACUUAUACUGCCUUUGGAAACAAGAGAUGUCAGUGCUUACAGCAGCUGGAAUUGGACUAGUGACAAUAAAGAUGUGUAACUAGUUAGAGAUAUAGUGAAGCUUUAACUUUGCUGGUCAAAUUGUAACUAUUAUGAUAGUAUUUAUUGAUGAAGCUCAUAGUCCUUCAGUUGUACAGACUGAAAAACUUUCUUGAAAGAUCCAACAUACCAAUGUAAAUUAUAUUUAUUACAAUGUAUAAUAUUAAUAUGUCACACUGGUGUAUUUUACAUAAUAUAUGAUACAUAAUAGAG